AUGACAUCAUCCAUAUUGGUCAAGGUCGAGCCCCGUGCUCCGAGUGUGGCAUUUGCCGGUAAUGGGUCUCUGGGUGAGAUUCCUCGGGUAUUCUCUGCUAUUCUGCCUAUGUAA